UGUUGACAGUGUCACGUGAUUAAAUCGCCCGUGUACCUUGAUCCCAUAGUCCCCCAUACGGCCACAGAGCAGCUGUACAUCAGAGUUGUGCAGCGGGUGUAGGAAUUUACAAAUCAUAUGAGAUUCAGGUAACUGCUGGUCGAGGUGAAAAUGGCUGGUUUGGCGUGGUCCCUGUGAAAGUCUGGAGAGUAAAGUUCUAGUUUUUAGGGCUAAAUGUCGACGCAAAGCAAUAGCUCUAGAUCAGCUAUGGCUGACAAAUCGGAAGAAAUAAUUCUGGGCGAGGCAGUGGAGAUACGUUAUGGUAUAUUCGGCAUCAUUCUAUCCAUAUUGUUUUUCCAACUGCUGAACCGAGUGGCUAUGGCUUUGGGCAGCCCGAAAGUACUAGCUCAGCACGACGAAUGGAAGUGGAGAAAUCUAGCAAUUUCCUGGUUUCACGCUCUCAUCUGCGCCACUUGGGAUCUCAGUUGUUUUGUUUUUUUCCCCGAAAUGUUUCAAGAUUUGGUAACAUAUGCAAAUUAUUACAUAUACAGUAUGGUGGCAUUUUCUUCAGGGUAUUUUGUCUAUGAUUUUAUUGACAUGUGGAUCAACAACAAACUCUUAAAAUUGUGGGAGGUCACACUUCAUCAUAUAGCGGUUGCAGGUAUGUUCAUCUACAACAUCUUGGUGCGUACUUCCAUUGCCUACACAUGCGUGGCACUUCUCGCUGAGGUCAAUAGCUUCUUCCUCCAUUCUCGCAAGCUGCUACAGAUGAUGCAAGUGGAUUUUAAUCACUGGUUCUACAAACUGACGGCCUACACCAACUUGGUGACGUUUGUUGUGUUCCGUGGACUUUCCGUCUUCGGUAUUCUGUACGGCAUGUACUUAUAUCGCACCAGAGUUUCCUUGUUUUACUACGUGCCACUUGGGGGUAGCAUGGUUGUCAUGAGUGUCAUGAACCCCAUUUUGUUUUAUCGCCUUUUGAAAAACGACGUCUUACGAAACUCGAACAGCAAAGAGUACUCCAAAGUGAAUCAUGUCAAUAAUGUCAACAACAACAUCAAGCAUGAGAAGGCACUUUAACAUAGUGGCUGUUGGUAAAGGACGGUCUAUUUCAUAAAUUUCUAUGGGGUUUCAAAUGUACACUUAAAUGUGCAGCCUCACCUAAUGUUUUAGUAUAGAGACAUGUAGAUUUAGAUGAGGGUUUUUUUUUUUUCAUUGCCGGAAACAAAUACUUUGUUGUUUGCAUCAGAAUAUCCUCAGAGACUGUAUGUGCCUUGGGAACCAAUGCACGGGUUGAUGAGGCUGGGAGUAAGAGAUCAAGUCUACCCCAUGUUACAUCUUUGUAUUCAUCAGAUAACUAAUGGGGUCAGUCAGUACCAUGUCAGGUGGCGAAAGUUGAUUGCUGGAGUACAAUCUACAUGCUGAUACUGUAGGCAGAAUUGUGACUGGUUACACUCUAUCUUUUUAUCUCAUAGGAAAAAAACAAAGCUAAGAGAAAGUGCUGAUAAUACGGUUUGGUUUGCAUUUUGCAAGGUUGUUGCAUUUAGAGCGGUGGGAACUGUCAAGUAAUGUGUUGAAUCACCUGACUGUAAGUGAUAUCAGAGAUGUACCAGGGACAGGAGCUGACGAAAUGUAAGCUGAUAAAUUUAAAAUAGGUUCGUUGAUAUGACGAACAUGAUCACAAAUUCCUGUUUUCAGCAACAAAAAUUGUUUGUAUACACUACGCUCGAUCAAAUAAGAAAACUAUGAAUUUUAUCAUCCAUUGAUGCAUUGUCUGGGACUGCAGGGGAAGUGGGGUGGGGGGAGUGAGGUCAUAUUUUACGAACAUACUCAUUUAUUGAAGUAAAUUAUUAAGAUCCUGUUUUUUAUGUAUUUAUGUUUAAUAAUGUACACAGUGUACACUGGAUGUAGGACUUAUUGUAAAUCUGAAAUCUGUCAAGUGGUGAAUGUCAAUUUCUUAUAAACUAGUUGUGCUGUUAAAAUGUUCUGAGUGAUACGUGGAAUAUAAAUGGGUCUAGAAAAUCAAAGUAGGAGUUUCACACCUAAAAGAUAUGCAAGAGAACAGUUAUACAAUGAUAGCUCACGUUUCACAAUCCCAACUGUAUAGUGGCUUAUGAUAAAAGUGUUACACAACAUCAGACAGGAAAUUAUACUGUUUUAAUACAAGGCUAUAAAUUAUGAAUCAAGAACAUCUCUCAAUGUAAAACUGGAUAUGUGAAAAACAAACUGGCCAAUAUGUAAUUCUAUUACCCCUCAAAGUUGAAUUCAUGGUUAGUUUAAAAUCCAAACUUGGUGUGUGAAGAGUAAAUGUAACUAAGAACGAGAAAAGAUUUUCAACGUACUGUUGCUGAGUAUGAAUGCUGUAUUUUGCUGACACAACAAAUCAGCCAGCUGUGUCGAUUGCACGUGACAGGGACUUCAUCACUGUGGGACAAACAGAAGAGGUACACGUAGUAUUAUAGUGAAGAGAAGGAGACAGUCACUCAUUUGUGACAGAAAUCGUCCCUUGAUCUGAAAAUA